AGUGCUUGGGAAGAUGGCGAGAGGGUCGAGGACAAGUCUGCUGUUCUGGGCUGUGCUCCUGCAGUCCGGCCGGACGGCCGAUGGUCAGGGAACACCGGACCGGCUGAAUGGCUUCAGCCUCCACCCGCCCUACUUGAACAUUGCCCAGGGGGCUGAGAUCUGGGCCACGGCCACUUGCGGAGAAGACGGAUCGCGGCGGCCCAGACUGGACCUUUACUGUAAACUGGUAGGCGGGCCGGCCGCCGGUGCCUCCAGCCAGACUAUCCAGGGGCAGUUCUGUGACCACUGUUUAUCUGACGACGCGUACAAAGCCCAUGUGAUCACCAACGCCAUCGAUGGCACUGAACGCUGGUGGCAAAGCCCUCCUCUGUCUCGUGGACUUCACUACAAUCAAGUCAACGUCACCCUCAACUUUGGUCAGCUCUUCCACGUGGCUUAUAUCCUUAUCAAGUUUGCAAACUCUCCACGUCCUGACCUCUGGGUCCUUGAGCGAUCGGUCGAUUUUGGAAGAUCCUACAAGCCGUGGCAGUACUUUGCUCAUUCCAGACGUGACUGUGAAGAACAAUUUGGGACAAGAGCCCAUGGACAGAUUAUAAGGGAUGACGAUGUCAUCUGCACCACGGAGUUUUCACGGAUUUUGCCACUGGAGAAUGGGGAGAUCGUUGUAUCCUUGGUGAAUGGUCGGCCAGGCUCCACUGUCUUCAAUGACUCUCCAGUUUUAAAGGAAUUCACCAAAGCUACAAACAUCAGGCUUCGAUUUCUCCGGACUAACACCUUGUUGGGUCAUCUGAUAUCCAAGACUCAAAAGGAUCCAACAGUCACUCGAAGGUAUUACUACAGCAUCAAGGACAUCAGUGUUGGGGGCCGCUGUGUUUGUAACGGACAUGCAGACUCCUGCGAAGCCCAGAACCCACAGAACCCCUUCCUGUUGCAGUGUAAGUGUCAGCACAACACCUGUGGAAUAUCCUGUGAACGUUGCUGUCCUGGGUUCAAUCAGAAGCCAUGGCAACCAGCUACAACCUCAUCAGCCAACAACUGUGAAGCUUGUAACUGCCACGGACAUGCCAAGGAUUGUUACUACGAUGCUGCAGUGAGCCAGAGGAGAGCAAGCAUGAACAUCCACGGGCAGUAUGAAGGUGGAGGUGUUUGCUUGAAUUGCCAGCACCACACAGCUGGAACGAACUGUGAGCGAUGUGCCCCGUUUUAUUACCGGCGGGCAGGAGUUCCUAAGGAUGCACCGGAUGGCUGUGUAGCCUGCAGGUGUAACCCGGAAUUUGCUGAGGGUUGUGACGAGACCACAGGGGCCUGUCGGUGCCAACCACUGUUCAGUGGGCCAGACUGCAGCCGCUGUGCGCCAGGACACUACAACUUCCCCCAGUGCAUUCGGGGUCCAUUUUACACCACACCCCGUCCGGUUACCAUGGUUCCAACACCUGGACCUCACUACAGUUGUAGGUGUAAUGUCCAGGGCACUGUUGGGAACACCUGCUAUGUGAAUCCUGACACCCAACGCUGUGAGUGCAAACCUCAGUACACGGGCCCCUAUUGCAUGCACUGUACUGCAGGAUACUACGGGAAACACUGCCAACAGUGCCGAUGUUACCAUGCUGGUGUGUCUCCCCAAGUGUGUGACCCAAACACUGGGCAGUGCUUGUGUCGAAGAGGGUUUGAAGGGUACUUCUGUGAAAGGUGUUCGCCUGGGCAUUUCCAGUUCCCCUCCUGUAAAUCCUGUCUCUGUAGCGGGUUUGGAACUCUGCCUCGGGUGUGCGAUGACCUCGGGAAGUGCCUCUGUCGAGCAGAGUUCGGGGGCCCUCAGUGCAACCGCUGUCAAGUGGGUUAUCACUCCUUCCCCUACUGCCGAGCCUGUUCCUGCAACCCUCUGGGAUCGGUAAACAACAACUGUGAUGCUGCUGGACGAUGUCAGUGCCAUCCAAACUAUAUGGGACCAACCUGUAGCCAGUGCGCAGACGGUUACUACGGCCACCCCAGCUGUUCACCUUGCCAGUGCUCUUCUGAAGGUUCCUAUGAUUCUGCAUGUGACCAGACCACUGGGCAGUGUAGAUGUCAACCACACUUCACGGGACAGCGUUGUGGUAUCUGUGUCUCCAGCACCAACGUCUUCCCCCGUUGUCAAGUGACUGACUGCUGGUCACCUGGGACAACGAGUCAUUCUCCUGCGGCACUUUCUGCUUCCUGCCAAUGCUUACCAAAUUUCGGGGACACAAAGUGUGAGAGGUGUAAAGCACUCUACUGGAAGCCAGGUGAAGGUGGUCCUGAUAACUGUGUUGAAUGUGGCUGUGUGGUGAGCGGUGCAGUUAGUGGGAUCGCAGAGUGCCACCAGGGUGAUGGCAGAUGUUACUGUAAAUCCAACGUGUGUGGGGAGUUGUGUGACUGGUGCGUGGAAGGACACUACAACUUAGAAGAGAAGAACUACUUUGGUUGCCAAGGCUGCGGAUGUGACAUCGGAGGGUCUGUUAAUCUUACCUGUAGUAUCACAAAAGGGACCUGCCAGUGCAGAGCGAAUAUUGAGGGGCGCGCCUGCAACAAGCCACGGAGCCAUCACUAUUUCCCAGACCUUCAUCAUCUGAAGUAUGAGAUUGAAGAUGGGUCAACGCCCAAUGGAAGGGCUGUUCGCUUUGGGUUUGACGCACAGGAAUUUGCGAAUUUCAGCUGGAGAGGCUAUGCUCAGCUGUCAACAGUGCAGAGUAACGUGAGGGUAACAGUGCAUGUGAACGGUAGAAACCGCAAUUUAUUCCGCAUCACCCUCCGAUAUAUUAACCCGGGAUUCACUACAGUAUAUGGUCGCCUGACAGUUUACCAAGUCCAACAAGGCACAGUGUCUCCGCAGACAAAAGAGAUCAUCUUUGCUCGCAGUAAGGAACCUUCUUUCGUUACUGUCUCAAGGAGCAACUACGGUGACCCUUUCGUGUUCACUCCUGGAAGUUGGACUGUCAGCAUUGAGGCAGAGGGCGUGCUGUUGGAUUAUCUGGUCCUGCUGCCCAGUGAAUAUUAUGAAGCUCCCAUUUUGCAAUUUCAAGUGACAGAACCCUGCCUGUACACAGCUGAACCAAUGCAACGGGGCCAAAACUGCUUGCUAUACAAGUACCUGCCCCUGGACUCUUUCCCAGCUGUAGGAGUCAAUGAUGGUAUGUACAGAGUGGACGGCAAACGGCAGACUACAGACCAGCUGCUAACAUCUGCCCAGGCAAUAAUGGCUGACCUUACUGGCAGACAGGUUCAAGUGCGGUUUAGGAUUCAGCUUCCUCAGCCAGGACAGUAUGUUCUUGUCCUUGAAUAUGCUCGCCAAGGAGAGGGGAUACAGUACCUUGAUGUAGCACAGCAUGGCCCUCCGGAUACGGCCGCUCAUGGGAAGUUUAACCUGUACAGCUGCAGAUACAGUUUCUUCUGUCGGAGUGUGGCAAUUGACCACCAGAAUCGCAUUGCAAUAUUCGAAUUGUCUUCUGACGCUGAGCUCCAUCUACAGGGAACAUCCAUCAGCUUUUUACUACACCAAGUUUACUUAAUACCAGUUACUGAAUUCUGCAUCGAAUACGUGGAACCGAAAAUCCAUUGUGUUGCCAUUCAUGGACCCAUCACAAACAGGAGCUCAUGUGUUGCAUCCAAGUAUGAAACACCAGUGUCCGCUGUGAGAGUAGGGGAAGGGGAACUUUCAAUAGCCAGUGAUCAUUUCCAACCCCACUCUUCCAAUGAUCCACAGAUCCUGUCCCAGCAUCCUCCCACCAUGGUGGAACCCGGAGACAUUAUUUUGCUGAAAUCACCUGAGAAUCAGAUCACCUUUAACACCAGAGUGCCAAACGCAGGCAAAUAUGUGGUUCUUGUACAUUUUUAUCAGCCUUUGUAUGCAACAUUCCCAGUGAAGGUGACGGUGGAUGGAACUGGCCCCUACAGUGGAUCCUUCAGUGCUUUCUUCUGCCCACAUGCUUUUGGGUGUCGCACCCAGGUCAUAUCAGCAAAGAGAAUAGAGUUUGAUUUAAGGAAUCAAGAGGUGUUCUUAACCCUCACUGUUCCCAAGGACAAGGCACUUUGGGUGGAGUACAUCUUAAUCAUUCCUUCGGACAGUUACAGCCCUGACUUACAAAAUGAGAAGCCUCUGGAUAAGUCAUAUGACUUCAUUACUGCCUGUGGUGGGAACAGCUUUCACAUUGAUCCAGAGACAUCAUCCAACUUCUGUCUGGACUCUGCGAAGUCACUGGUGGCUUUCUACAACAAUGGUGCUCUGCCUUGUCAGUGUAACAGAGAAGGUGCGACCAGCCCUGAGUGUAGACCGUUUGGAGGGCAGUGUUCUUGCCGACCCAACGUUAUUGGGCGUCAGUGUGACAGAUGUGCCACCGGCCACUACAUGUUUCCCGUCUGUCGGCCCUGCAGUUGUGGCCAGCGCCUGUGUGACGAGCUGACCGGACGAUGCAUCUGCCCGCCCCAGACGGUCAAACCCGAGUGCGAGACUUGUGAGAGGCGGACCUUCAGCUACCACCCCUUGGCCGGCUGUGAGAAGUGCAACUGCCUGCGAGAGGGCAUCAUCAAGCCUGCCAGCCCCAGCUGCCACCCCAGGACAGGGCAAUGUCGGUGCAAGCCACAAGUAACGGGCCGACAAUGCGACAGAUGCUCGGUGGGCUUCUCCCGCUUCCCAGAGUGCAUUCCAUGUGACUGUAACCAUGAAGCAACGCAGCCCAGUGUGUGUGACCCUGUAACUGGACGCUGUCUUUGCAAGGAGAACGUAGUGGGCGCCCGGUGUGAUACCUGUCGACCUGGUUCAUUUCACCUGGACCCAGCCAAUCCGAAAGGCUGCACAAGUUGCUUCUGCUUUGGAGUGACCAAUCAGUGUCGGAGCUCUGAUAAAUCCAGGACAAAGCACAUGAAAAUGAAGGAGUGGAAAUUAUUCACGGUGAAUAAGCAGAAGAUUCCGGUUGUCUAUAACCGACGAAGCAACACGGUGGUGGCUGAUGUCCAAGAACUACCUGAUGUGAUCCGUGAUUUACACUGGGCAGCUCCAGAGUCCUACCUGGGAGACAAGCUCUCGUCAUAUGGAGGCUUCCUGUCCUACCAAAUCAAAUCAUUUGGCUUACCAAGUGAAGGGAUGACUUUACUCAACAAAAGAGCAGAUAUCCAACUGAGAGGUGAACAGAUGACUGUUGUCUACUUUGAUCCAAAGAGCCCAGCCCCGGAUCGAGUUUAUCAGGGACGGGUGCAGCUUCUGGAGGAUAAUUUCAAGCAUGCUGUGAUCAACACCCCAGUGUCCAGGGAGAACUUCAUGCUGUUGCUCAGCAACCUGGAAGGUCUUCAGAUCCGAGCUCUGUACUUCUCUCAGACGCAGCGCCUCUCACUUGGAUCUGUGCAACUGGAGGAAGCCUCUCUCUCUGGGACAGGAAACCCAGCCACCAAUGUGGAAGUGUGCACCUGUCCCCCCAACUACUCAGGUGACUCCUGUCAGAGGUGUGGCCUUGGAUACUACAGAGAAUAUAAAGGUUAUUUCCUGGGUCGUUGUGUACGUUGUAGCUGUCAUGGGCAUUCAAACCGAUGUGAAGAUAGAACUGGAAGAUGCAUUGACUGUCAACAUAAUACUGAAGGGGAUCACUGUGAACGAUGUCAAGUGGGUUUCUAUGGAAAUGCUGCCCAGGGUGGCUGCAGCCCCUGUGCUUGUCCACACACACAUUCCUCCAACAACUUUGCCACACAUUGUGAUGAGGUCGCGGGUGCCAUGAAGUGUUCGUGUAGAACGGGCUACACUGGGACAAGAUGUGAGAGGUGUGCUCCUGGUUACUUUGGGAACCCACUGGAGAUUGGUAGCAAAUGUCGGAAAUGUCAGUGCAGCAAUGCAGACUCGAGCAGCUGUGACCCCCUGACAGGACAGUGCAACAAUUGCAAAGACUGUACAAACGAGGAACCGAAAGAUACCAGUUCUGAUGAAAAGUGUGACAUUUGCGACAGCUGUGUGGAAACACUCUUAUUUGACUUGAACAAGAUGGAUUCUGACAUUCAAAAAAUCAAGCUGCAGAUUCAAAAUGCAAACGUCAGUGUCAGUACUCAGCUUCGUAUGAACAAUUUGGAUAAGGCCAUAAAACAAAGCAAGGAUGAGCUGGAUGACUAUCGAGAUAUAGUUAAUGAUCAGGUGAAAAGGACUGACAACCUGGAGAGUGACAACAUGAAUCUCAUUCAAGAUAUUAAUGCGCUCGAAGAAAAGGCAGAAAAGAAUUCCCGCAGCACCCAGCAGCUGCUCACGUCGAUCGAUGAGACCACACGAGAGGCGCGAGAGAUGCUGACCAACAUCGAAAAUGUGGUGUCUGCCAUCUCAGGUCUCAUUAAGAAGCUGAACACCAUUGACUCAGGGACCAGUGCGCAGAAAUUGGCUGAGGUUGAACGAAUGCUCAAUGAGAUGAGAAACCUCAACUUUGAUAAAGAGAAGGAAGUGGCUGAAAGAGAGAAGACCGAGUCGGAGAGAUUGCUUGAUCGUAUUAAGAAUACCCUGUUAAAAAAUAUCGACAAGAACAAAUUGCUUGCCACUGAUAUAAAGGAUGCAUUAAGUUCAUAUCUGGCCAAACUAAUGGAUCUUCAAGAGUCAAUGAAUGAAGCAGCAAACUUAACCAAAAAAGCUGAAGAUAUUAACAAAAUCAAUUCCAUCGCAUUAGAAGCUAUUAAGGAAAGACAUGAUGAAUUGGAAAAUAAAAAGCUGGAAACCUCAAAUUUGAUUAAAAUGGCUGAUAACACUCUCGGCAAACUGAAAAGCAUGCUUCGUAUGCUGGAUGCUAGCCAGGAGGACUAUGAAAGACAAGGAGCUGAGUUAGAUGGUGCCUUAACAUUGCUUAAUGAAAAGAUUAAAUAUCUCACGGAAGCAACCAGCAAGGAGCCUAAAGUGAUCCAAGCAGAAGGGCACGCAAGUAAAUUGGAUCAGCUCUCGAAGCAACUCCAGAGAGCCACAGAGGAAGUAAACCAGGACUCCUUACUGCAGCGAGUUAUCAAUGUUUCGAAUGCCUAUGAGGAUAUAAUCAACGCAGUGAAUAAGGCAGAAGCAGCGGCAAAGAGGGCAGAGGGAGCAGCAGAUGACGCUCUGCAGACGGUGGUGGAUGAAGAUUUGCCUGGACAAGCAGCUGAGGUCAACAGAGAGAGUGACAGAGUCCUCUCCUUGGCAAAAAAUGCUGAAAAGAUGCUGAAGACAGAUGUAAUCCCGAGUCUCCAAGAUGUGAAAGAACGCCUUGAGGAAGGGACUGAGAAGAAAAAUCAACUGAAGACUGAUCUUGCAAGUCUUCAGCAGAAGCUGAAGCAAAUAAACAGAGAUGAUGUGGGGAAGACCUUAGUCCAAGCAAAUGCCACGGCCAAAGGAGCGAACGACAUUGCAACUGGAGUGAUGGCUAAAUUACAACCAAUAAUCAUUGAAGUACAAAACUUAAACAGAACCGCUCAAACGAUUCCAAACAUUACUGAUUUUAACACAGUGCUGAAUGAAGCAGAAGAAUCAGUGAAGAAUUUGACUGAGAGCCUGCCUGGGCUGGUGCAGAAGCUGAAGGAUCUGAGCCAAAUACAACCUGUUAACAAUAUCUCCAAAAAUAUAAACCGUAUCCGGGAGCUCAUUGACCAGGCCAGGGAAGCUGCAAAUAAGAUAAACGUGGCAAUGAAAUUCAAUGGGGAAUCUGGAGUAGAGGUCCGACUUCCCACUAACCUGGAUCACUUGAAAGCUUAUACAUCCCUGCUCUUGUAUGUGAAGCAGCCAAGCAUUGCACGAGGGGACGAAAGCAGACAGGAGCGACAGGAAUCCAAGAACAUGUUUGUUUUCUAUCUAGGGCACAAGAAUACUUCCAAGGACUACAUGGGCAUGAUGUUGGAGGAUAACAAGCUGGUUGCCAUCUACAAACUGGGAAGUAAAGUGACCAGAAUUGCAGAUAUGAGGACCGUCAGCAAUAAAAUCUUUGACCACAUCAAAUUUGAGAGGAUCAUGCAGUAUGGGUCUCUAAACAAUAGCCAGGUCAGCCCCUUCAGUGGCAAGCUCAUUAACAGCCAAACACAGUUUGCAACUGCAGUUGGAGAUGACCUCUUGCUCAACCUGGAUCCAAAGGAAGCUGUCUUCUACGUUGGAGGAUUUCCCCCGACAUUUACGCCUCCUGAUACAUUAAAUUAUCGAAGAUAUAAAGGCUGCAUUGAACUUGGCUUUCUGAAUGAAAAACUAAUCAGCCUGUAUAACUUUAAGGAAAUAUACAACAUUAACACUACAGAAGACAGACCCUGUGAAAGGUAUAAACCAUCCAAGGAACCAGGAAGUGAUGGCUUCUAUUUUGAUGGUACUGGAUACGCACUUAUAAACCUGACCAAUUCUGUGAGGAGGUUAAAGAUCGAACAAACUGUUCAAACUUCCACAAGAGAUGCAGUGCUGUUAUACUUUGAGAAAGCGAAUAGAAGCUGUGCUCUGACCAUUGAGGGUGGAAAACUGGUGUUCAGGUACAAUCUCAAAUCAAGUAUUACCAACUCUACCAUGUCAGUGAAAGAAUUGGACCUUAGCAAAGAGAACGUGAUCAAGUUGCAAGUAAUCAAGGAAAACAUCAUACGUGCUUUUGCAACCGUCAACAAUGAACGUGUCAUUUUUGCUGAAGUCGAUGUCAAAGAAUUUAACUUCCCUAACUAUUACCUGGGUGGAAUACCAAAGCACAUUAAGGAAAGUUUAAACAUGCCUGUGAAAUCUUCACUGAGAGGCUGUGUGAAAAAUCCAAAGGUAUCCUCUAACAACAAAGACCUAUCCAGAGAAUACACCAUCGGAGUCAGUAAAAGGUGCUCUCAAGAUUUGUUGCUGGUACGGAAUGCCCACUUCACCGGCAAGGGGUUCUUGGGCCUGAAUGCCUCCAGAAUCUCCUUCCCUGCCAACUUCUACAUUGGAUUCGGUUUCUCUACAAGUCAGCUCAACGCCCUGCUGUUUUCUUAUGGAAAGGACCAUCUUGAAGUCUCUCUGGAAAAUGGAAAAGUGAAGGUGAACGUUCUUGGGAGACCCCUCACAUCUAAAAGCUCUUUCAAUGAUGGCACUGACCACUAUGUCUCAGUCCGGAAACAGAACGGCAGGGUCUACCUAAACGUAGAUGACCUGGACCGGAGGGACACACAACUGGGAGUGGAAGAACGUGCCCCAGAAGACACAGUGUACUUGGGAGGGAACAAAGACGUACAGAACUUUGAUGGCUGUAUCAACAAUGUCUUUUUGAAGAAGGUAAACCAAGAUCCUAAAGUUGAAAAUUUCAUGUUUUUGACUGAGGAUUCCAAUGUAAGGCUGGAUACCUGUCGCCAACAGAGAGCUCCAGAAAUGCUCAUGUUAAAAGAAGGCAGAAAGCCAAACGGCCAGGAGACCAUGAAGAUCAGUAAGCAGAAUGGAAAGAAUCACAAAGUUGUUCCUGAGCUUUCAACAAAAGAAAGUACAGGCCAGGAGUUUAAUGGAUGUCAGAUGUCAUGGCAACCAAAGGCAAUCAAUGGAGCCUACCAAUUUGGAAAUUCACCAUAUAGUCGACUGGAGUACAAUCACAUUCCCAAGUCGUUUAAUGAAAGGUCAAAGUUUUCCAUUGAUGUACGGACAGUUGCCCCAGAAGGAGUCAUCUUCUAUGUGGCAGAUGCAUCGGAGAAAUCCUACAUGACCCUUUACAUUUCAAGAGGCCGCUUUUUCUUUGUCUUCGCUGUUGACGGGAAGCGACUGAAAAUCCGGAGCAGGUCAAAACAUAACGAUGGGCAGUGGCACACGGUGGUGUUCAGUCGCGAAAAUAACAGAGGAAAGCUUGUUAUUGAUGGGCUUCGGACACAGCAGGAUACUGUGGCCAGUAAUCCAUCCCUGAAAGUGGAAUCACCAUUCUACCUGGGUGGGUUACCCCCUAAGAAAGGACAGCACAGUCACAAGUUGCCACGACAGAGCUUCCAUGGAUGCAUAAGGAACUUUAAACUGGAUGGUAAUCAGCUGCACCCUCCUUCGCGGACGUUUGGAGUCACACCAUGCUUUGAGGGCAACACUGAGCCAGGAGCUUACUUUGCAGCAGAGGGAGCACAUCUUGUUUUAGAUAACUCAUUUGUGGUGGGCAAGGAUUUGGAGCUCCUCUUUGAGGUGCGCCCUCGAACUCAGACUGGUGUUCUCUUCCACGUCAACAGCCCUCAUGGAAACUACCUCAGUCUGUAUAUGUACAAAGGAAAGGUUACAGUCCAUGUUAAUAAUGGAGCAGGGGACUUCAACACAUCUGUCACACCACCCUCACUGUGUGACGGACAGUGGCACAGAAUAGCAGUGAUUAAAAGAAAUAACGUGGUACAGCUUGAUGUGGACACUGAACGUGACCAUGUUGUUGGACCCUCGGCUUCACUCUCCACCGACACAGCAGACCCUCUCUACGUUGGAGGCUUGCCAGAUGGUGUACAGGUACCUCACAUCCCAUCCCGCUCUUCAUUCAUUGGCUGUAUGAUGAAUGUAAUGGUCAACGUGAAGCCAGUAUCGCUCAGGAAACCCACAGCAGUUCAAGGUGCUGUCAGCGUUACUCAGUGUCCUGCAGUGUAAAUCAUCAUUACUGCCGCGCCUCUGAAGAUAAUUACUUGCACUUGUUGCCAAUAGAUGACUGAAUCUCUAUCAAGACGCAGAACUAUUAAUUUAUUGUAACUCAGAUUUGCAUUUUUCUAGGUUAGUCCAGUGAUUUUGAUGCAUUUAUGUUUGGCUUAAAGUAACUGCAAUUAUUUUACUAUUAAACAAGAAAAGACCCACUAACUCUGUGAAAAAUGAUUCAAGUAUUUUAUUUCCUAACUGGUGCUGUACUCUGUGGGGCCAAAUAUAUUACUAAAUUUUGCUGCUAAUUUUAUAUUUUUAUACUUGAAUGAUUAAUAUGCAAACUAUUUAAAAUAAACUUGAUUCGGUUAUUAUAGAAGCUUUUUAGG